CCGAGAAGCGAAAGUGAAAGGCAAACUGUGAAAGGACAAGUGCAACCUUCACAUCGGCCUCCGAGGAGUAGCACUAAGUAGAAAGGAUUUAAUGAAACUAUAACGUUUUUAUCGAAGUGACAAGUAGAUUUUUCGCAUUCUUUCCGUUUGUUUAAUCUGCCCUUUUUUGUCAUUAUUACAGUGUAUUUUCUUUACAGCAUGGAAAAUGAAGAGGAGGUGGGCUAUUCGUCGGGGACUUCAGUCAGUGGGAAACAUUAUGAGUGGCAGCUGUCAAAUGGACAUCAGUGGCUGCGAAUUGACAACGACCAUGUAAUCGAGACCCACUACUGCCAACCUGGAGCUAAAGGAAUGACCAUCAACACUAGCCAUGGGCAGGUGUUCAUAGACUUUGAUAAGUUACAGACUCUGAAUGCAGCUCUGAAGGUGCAGAGAUUAAGCUUCCUUCCUCAGGGCCAGACGGAGGAUGUAGGCUGGUACUUCAGAGAUGACCAGCUGUGGCGUGAAUAUGGAUCCCAGGGCUCCAGCAAGUUGGCCUCCUCAAUCAGCAGUCGAGAUGUUGAGCAUCAGUUCACUCUAAACCCUCAGGGAACAUUCAGCUUCACGGUGGGCUCGACAGGGUACACACUCAACUUCUCCACCAUGACCCAAACAAACUGCACCACACGUCUGAGCAGGAAAAUACGCAGGCGUCCAAAAUUCACUUCCAACACAAGGAGCCUUUACUCCACCUCAGUUUUUCCCAUGGCUUCCUCCUCCCAGCUCACUGAUGGAGGCUACAAGUGGGAGUUUAUGGCAGACGAGGGGCAAUGGACAGAAUACCAAGCACAUAUAUGUUCAUUUGACAGCUCUGCCAUUGAGAGACAAUACCAGCUGAAUCCACAGGGCCAGCUACGCUUCAAGAUCAGGAAAUUCUCAUACACCCUGGAUUUUUCAAGAAUGUGCCAAGUCAACGACAAUAUCGGGACUAAAAGAGCAGUGAGGAGGACUGCAGACUGCGAGAGUCAACAGAACAGCAGUUGGGGCACACAGCCACGAUGGCAGUUUCAAGAUAUCGGUGGAAUGUGGAAAGAUUAUUCCAAAAGAUAUCAUCAAUGCAGCGUUUCCAGUCAGGACAUCGAGCUCCAGUACCAACAGAACCCAUCGGGCACUAUGAUGUUUACCAGCAAUAAGUUUAACUAUGAGCUAAACUUCUCAGCCAUGACUCAGAGGAACCUGUCCACAACCACCACCAGAUCGGUGCGACGACUUAACCAGUGACUGUGGGACAACAACAGAUUUGGAGAUCGGGGGUUAACUUAAUGUUGAUUCUCGCAAUUACCUCACUGCCUUCCUCAGCUUGUCACUCAUAUUGGAAUGAUUCAUUAGUGUUUUUCAAAAUCUGCCUCAUCUCUCUGCUGAUUGGAUGACAUGAUUUAAACAGAAGUUGUGAAGGAUUCUUUAUAUUCCCUUUAUUAACAGGGCCUACAAUUACAAUGCACUUAGUCCUUUUCCAAAAGCAUCUGCCAAUUUGUUGUGAAUGCCCUUACAUUUUUUUUUCUUACUUUCAUACUGUACCUCUCUUGUGCUGAAGUGUGUUUUCCACCCCUUUUGAAUAGUGUUUUCCAGUACCACUGCUGUCUGCGGUUGGGUUUAGGGCUUGGGUUAGGUUUUAGUUAGGCAUCAUAAAGAUAACUGGUCAGGAUUAUGGUAAGGUUGGCUUGAGGUUAAAGACCACCAAUAUAUGAAAAGGUUGUAUAAAGCCUUUUGUGACUCCAGCGGGAGCUGUGUGAAAUCUGAUAGACUGCCUAAAGCAAUGUCACUUGAGUCAGCGUCGGUUGGGGCUGAAGUUAGAAAAUGAAAAAAAUCUGGGGGUGAGGAGUUAGAAAGAAGUGUUUACAAGACCUCUGUAGCCCACUCCUCAUCUCUGCUUCAGGCUAGUGGCUCGAGGCUACAUUAGCCACUACUAGCAUAACACACCUGAAUCUCUGAAUUGUCAGCAGUCAAGUUGCAUUUAGUAAUGUAGGCACCAGGUUUUGACAAAGAAGAAGAAUGCAGGGGAUAAAAAAGACGAUAUCUCUGGUUCUGCUGCAUUAAUUUUGAUCCUUUUUGUUUUAAACUGUCCAUCAUGAUUUCGACAAUGUUAUAGGAGUGGAAUACUUAAUUAGCGAAGUACUCUUAAGGAGAAACACAAGCAGAAGCAGACUUCGAAAUAACACCUCUUUUGACCUAAAACCAAAGGCAUGUUUACCAAUGUUUCAUAUAAUCCUGUGUAUUUUUUGUGUAUGUAACCAUCAGUUUAGUAAAUCUUAAAAUGUUUGAUUCUUGAAUACUGCCUUGUAAUUAGUGCUAAUGUUUACCUUUUGACAAGAUACCUCUUUUAACCUAAAACCAAAGGGAAGUUAACUUUUGCCUUUUAAUUGUGCAUAGAAAACUUUAAGUGUUCAUUUAUACUGCCACCUAAGUGCACUUUGGCUUGUCUUUCUUUUCUAAAUUAAAGUUACAUACACUCCA